AUGCCGUCCGACCUAGACGCGCAGAUCGAACAGCUUACCCGCUGCGAGCCAAUAACAGAGGAACAGGUUAAGCGCCUGUGCAUCAAGGCUCGAGAAAUCCUAAUAGAGGAGAGCAAUGUCCAGGUCGUCGACGCGCCAGUCACAAUAUGUGGGGAUAUACAUGGUCAAUUCUUUGACCUAAUGGAGCUCUUCAAGGUCGGAGGAACAUGCCCCGACACGAACUACAUCUUCAUGGGCGACUUUGUUGAUCGCGGGUUCUACUCCGUCGAGACCUUCCUGCUUCUGCUCGCGCUCAAAGUACGGUAUCCGGACCGUAUCACCCUCAUCCGAGGCAACCACGAGAGCAGGCAGAUCACUCAGGUGUACGGCUUCUACGACGAGUGUCAGCGGAAGUAUGGAUCCGCGAAUGUAUGGCGCUGGUGCUGCGAAGUAUUCGACUACCUCGCGCUUGGUGCUAUCGUUGACGGCAGCGUCUUCUGUGUCCAUGGCGGACUCAGCCCUGCAUUACAGUCGAUAGACCAGAUCCGGGCUAUUGAUAGGAAGCAGGAGGUGCCGCACGAUGGUGCGAUGUGCGACUUGCUGUGGUCAGAUCCUGACGACAUCGUUGGAUGGGGUCUGUCACCACGCGGGGCUGGGUAUCUCUUUGGAGCAGACAUCACGAAAGCUUUUGCGCACCACAACUCUAUAGAUCUCAUUGCUCGCGCACAUCAGCUGGCCAUGGAGGGGUACAAGCUUAUGUUCGACCAGACCAUAGUCACCGUCUGGUCCGCGCCAAACUACUGCUACAGGCACGUCAUCUCUCAUCUAGACCUCCCAACGCCACACGCCCGCUCACAUGCUGGACCUAUAGCCCAGGAGUACAAGGUUUUCCAGCAUGCGCCCUCUGACGUACGCUCGGUGCCGCUCAAACGGCCACCAUCGGACUACUUCUUGUGA